AUGAAUUCUUCUUUUACUGAAAAAUCAUUUAGCAAAAAGCAGAAAACUUCAACUAAUAAUAAGGAAUCACCUAUUCUUAAGAAACUUAUCAAGGAGCUAAAAAUUCUAAGUUCUGUAAGUACUAAUAUGCAACCUCCAAUCACUAACUCCAGGAAUCUUACUAAAUUAUAUGAGGCAAUUAUCAUAGCUAAAAACAAAAAUAGAGAUAAAAAUCAAGUAGUUAUUAUGAGAUAUUAUUUGUUUGGAAAGGAACUUAAAAAAUUUUUUGAUAGAUUCAAAAGCAGUUAUAGAGAUCAUAAGAUUCAGAGAAUGCUAGUCAAAGAAAUUACAAAACAGCUUUCAGGUGAUCUCUCAAAAAAUGCCAUUGAGAAAAAAUAA